AUGACACUGAAAGUCACUGCUCUUAUCAUAGAAUCAAUGUUAAUGACAAGUAUUGAGUCAGUUGAUGAUCAUGAUAUUGAGAUUUUGACUCUUUGUAUUGAAAAUGAGGCUCUGUGCAUGGAGAAUGCAGCUCUGAAGAUCAAAUUCAGAACUAUUACAAGCCUUCUUCAGGCCACUCAAACUGUCCUUGAGAAUGACAUAUGA